AUGGUUUCUCUUCAUCAAUCGGGUUGGCUGGACAAGAUAAACGACAAAUAUUUGAAGAAAAUCCUACAGAGGGAUCCAUUUACGAAGGACGAGAUCAUCAUGGAGGUUUAUCAACAGAUUGCUCUCCAACAGCACUACGAGUCAGUUUACGGUGUGGACAUGUCCAGUUCUCUGCAGCUCUACAGACCUGAAAUUAUUGAGAAACUUCCGAGUGAACCAGCGAGUCCUGAGAACGCCAACAACCCCUCCGUUGGCACCGUUGAGGAUGUCGUGGCACGUCUGAUAAUGAGCAAGAGACGGAGGUACCUGUCAGCAGCGAGCACGGACAACGAGGAGGACCAGCCACUGACAGGUUGGGGGGGCGGGCAGUAUGGAGUCUACAACACCGUCAUGGGCCUGCCACCGCAUGUCGCUAAACAUCUUCAAGUUUGUUUCCAGUUGUCUUCAGUCACGAGCAAGAUCAUCCGUCGUCUGAGUACGUCACCCGUCGAUAACCCCCUCAUCACCGCCCCUAACUCCAUUCAACUGCGGAAGAUGAUGAUUAAGGCUCCUACCAAAGAUGUGAGCCUUUGCCAGACGAACGGACAGAAAUUUGAAGGAGGCGGAUCGCGGUUCAUAAAGGGGCAGAGUGGAUUUACAUCAAACAUCAACACUCCGAUCGUCAACAGAUCCAGAGCCGAGAGUCUUGAGCCCCCAGCAACAUUACUCGCCCCUCACACCGCGGCAAUCCACUACACUCCUCGCUACCAACAACGACGGCCCACCAGUUCCCACGGAAUCAUCCACCCACACGUCCCACACACCGUCAUCACACCUGCCGAACGAAAGCGAUCGAGCAGCGGUGGAGGUACACUUGCCGGAAGUGGCAGCUUGGGAAAUCCCGGCGAGAGAAUGUCCAGCAUUGGAAAAUCCCCGAUCUCGUUGCAGUACAUCAACGAGGAGCAGGAGCAACCUCAGCAACCUGUCGAGGAAAGUCCCCUGAAGGCAUACAACCGGAAGAUGGAGAUGGAGGAGGAGGAGAUGGAGAAGUUGAGGGAGGAAGAUAAAGGAGAGAAGGAUGGAAAGAAGGAGAAAAAUGGAGAUGGUGAUGUUGGAACCGAGAGUGAUGGUGAUGAUGGUGAUCACAGUGGGGUGAGUGGUGUUGGUGGUGAAGUUAAGGUCAGGACGCCAUUGAAGAGGCAAGAUGCUGGAGAAAGAGCGCCUAAACAGAAAACUGACGAGAAGAGUUUGUGA